AUGUCUGGAAUUGGGGGUGCUGCUAAUGUGAGGGCUUUGGUGCUCGAUGCGACACCGCUGAUAACACAGUCGUACUCGCACUAUCAGAAUUUUGCAGAGGAUUUUUACACGACGCCGACAGUGUUUGCGGAGAUCAAGGAUGCACAGGCGCGGAAGAACCUGGAGAUCUGGAAGAGUCUGGGCACGCUGCAACUGGUGCACCCGAACGAGGCGUCGAUUAAGGCCGUUUCCAACUUCGCAAGACUUACCGGUGACUACUCCGUGCUGAGCGCAAACGAUAUCCACAUUCUGGCGCUGGCUUAUGAGCUUGAGUGCAAACUGAACAAAGGUGAUUGGAGGUUGAGAAGGAAGCCAGGUGACGUCCUUGGGAAGCAGGCGGAAGCGUCCGGUGAGCAACCCAAGAAACAGGCUCAGGAACCCGCACCAGUGAAGGAUGAGUCUGCGCAGAAGAAGAAGCCCAGAAGAAGAGGUGGGAAAAAACAGAGAGAGAAGAGGCUAGCUAGAGGUGAGGACGGGUCCGCAGCUGGAGCCACGAUGGAGGAGCAAUCAAACACUCCAGAUGCAGCUGCUACUGUGGAACCUGUCAAAGAAGAAAAACUCGCUGCCACUUUGAAGUCGAUCGAGAAGGAACAGCCCGCUCAACGUCCCAGUGAUCUCCAGGAGGACUCAGAGAUUGCUCAAGAUAGCGAGCUCGCUGGUUUUGAAACAGUGGGCAAGAAGACAACCAAAACUGACACCACACUUGGUGAAGACUACUGUGAUGAGGACGACGAUGGUGAGUGGAUAACACCAGAUACGUUAACGGAGGCUAUAAUCAGAGACAGCGGUGAGGACACUACUGGUUCGCAGAACGUGGAGGCUACCGAGAAGCAGCGCCAGAAUGCGUUGAGUUCUCCCAAGAAUCAGGUCGCUCUUGCCAGUGGUGAUUUUGCAGUGCAGAAUGUUGCCUUACACAUGAACUUGAACUUGAUGAACUUCAUCUCCGGGCUAAGGAUCAAACGGUUAAGAAACUACAGGCUGAGAUGCCACGCAUGCUUCAAUAUGUUCCCACUGCCCAAGAACGGGAAGCCUAAGCAUUUCUGUCCCUCCUGUGGUGGACAGGGCACGUUGUUGAGAUGCGCCGUCUCCGUGGACAGUGAGACCGGGAAAGUGACGCCACACUUGAAGGCAAACUUUCAGUGGAACAACCGUGGUAACAAGUUCUCGAUGGCGAGUCCACUAUCGAAGAACUCCCAGAAGAGAUACGGGAGCAAAGGGUUUGUCCAUGUCAAGCACAAGCAGGACCCUCUCCUGCUGAGAGAGGACCAGAAGGAAUACGAGCAAAUGAUGAAGCAGGAAGAUUGGACGCGUAGGCACAACGAGAAGGUGCUCAAUAACUGGAUUGGUGGUGGGUCCGCGGACAACUACAUAUCGCCCUUCGCCAUCGACGGCCUGAAACACCAUAGUGUCCGCGUUGGCAAGGGCAGGUACGUCAACAGCAGCAGAAAGAGGAAAUAG